UCAAAACAUCCUCUUUUGGAGGGGUUCUGAUAUCAUGAGAUAUCAAGUCUCAACCUCUUUUAUGUUUCAUUAAGCACUUGACAAAGGAGCUUGAUAUCUUAGAGAUCAGGGAAUCCAUAUCUCUUUCGCUUGCCAAACAGGCGCUAAAGAAUUAAAAGUUGUGCAGAUUAUAAACUGUGGGAAGAAGAAAUUGAGAAAUGGCAGCAUCCUAUACUUAAUGAUGAAAAACUUCCAGAAUGGUAAUGUGGUUAGGUUCUUCCAAAUUUAGCAAAUAUUGACAUCCUUUUACAUGAAAUGAGGCUUUAUGAAACUUGUUUAACAGUAACCGUUGGUCUAAGCACAAGGAUCUUUGUCCCAAGAACUUGCUUCUUGGUCGGUGUUAUCCGUUAAACAGGCAAAGAAUGGAAGUAAAGAUUACGCGGGAAUAAUCGUGGAAAUGAGUAGAGUGAAAUGUAAUGGUGUAUAUCUGUAUUAAUUAAAAAAAAAGAUCGGGACUAGAACUUUGAAAAACUGUAAUGAACUUUGUGGCGAUCUCUGAGUUUUCUAACAUAAAGAAAAAUGACUAGGAUGCAAGGACUAGAACUUUGAAAAAUUAUGAGAGCCAUUUCUAUGUAGCGAACUUGUAUAAGGUUGCUGCAAAGCUCACUGCUUUUUUCUCACACAAGUGUGUGUGUGGGGAUUGUAUGAGUUAAUUGUCACUGGUGAAGUGUUUUUAUUUGUUGAUGGGAGAUGUGUAAUCAUUGAUUUAAUAUUUUUCAGGUACAAGUUUACACUUUUUAAUGAACUAUACUUUUUGGUUGCUGGUGGGACUGUAUGGAUUGGUACUUACAAUAUCUUCUUCCUUCUCUUUUUGUUUUGAAGCAUCUAGUAACUUGCAUAAUACUCCAUGAAAUUUACUUGGUGCAUGGUGAUGCGUUCUAGGAAAACAAUUUCACUGCAGAAAAAGAUUCACGUGUCUAAUGUGCAACUAACAGAGGCAGCAUCAGUAUUAAUGUCGUUACUCAUUACAUUUGAAAUGUGACCAUUAAAUUAUUGAUUAGUUUAAUUAAAUUAGUACAGAUUAUUUAGUUAUCUACUUUGGACUUUAGAAGUCGUGCAAAAUUCAUCUAUAUAAAUGUAUGGCUGACCAUAAAACUUCACAAAUUAUUCCGCAAAGGAAUUUUGGCUACCUAUGGUCGAGCAUCUGGCCUCGGAACCUCCUAUGUGAAAGGACAAAUAAAUUUCCGGAGUGGGACACUCUUCAACCAAGUAACACAUAUAACUAUUUUUAGCUCCAAGAUAUUAUUUUUUUGCUAAACCUAGCCAUCUUAUGGGCAUUAAGUAUGGGGGUGUCAUCCUUCUUGUUAUUUGCUCAUCCAGGAAUUUAAAUGCAGAUGCACAAUGUAGUCAAUAUAUGCAAGGACCUGUGGAGAGCAACAAAUGCAAUAUAACUGAAACAGAAGAGGUGGCUCAUGCCCACCUUGAAAAGACUGGUGGUAAUGGGUCCAAAGGUUGUAGCCAAAUUGCCAAUUCCUCUAGUACUUGGCUGGGGCCUGUGAAUGAUGAUGAGGAUGUUGGUAGGUUUCUAUAUUUGGAAGGGAUAGAAUAUAUUAUGUGGUGCACUUAUGAUGUUCAUUUCUAUGCAUCAUUUGCUCUUCUGGCUCUAUUUCCCAAAAUUGAGCUCAGUAUACAGCGUGAUUUUGCAAGAGCUGUCCUAUAUGAAGAUAAAAGAAAGGUUCGGUUCCUAACAGAGGGAAAUUGUGGCAUUCGAAAGGUCAAGGGCGCUGUACCCCACGAUCUUGGAACUCAUGACCCAUGGUUUGAAAUGAAUGCAUAUAACAUACAUGAUACGAGUAAAUGGAAGGAUCUGAAUCCGAAGUUUGUGCUUCAGGUGUAUAGAGACUUUGCUGCAACAGGAGACUAUUCUUUUGCGACUGAUAUCUGGCCUUCUGUUUGUGCUGCAAUUGAAUAUAUGUACCAGUUUGAUCGAGACAACGACGGCCUUAUAGAAAAUGAUGGAUUUCCAGAUCAAACCUAUGAUGCUUGGACGGUUCAUGGAAUAAGUGCUUACUGUGGUUGCUUAUGGCUUGCUGCACUUCAAGCUGCUGCAUCAAUGGCCUUGCAACUUGGCGACAUUGCUUUUGCAGAGGUAUGCAAAGGGAAAUUGGUGAAAUCCAAGUCAGUCUUUGAAAGAAAGCUGUGGAAUGGCUCUUACUUUAACUAUGACAGUGGGUCAAGCAGUAACAGUAAAUCAAUCCAAGCCGAUCAACUAGCAGGACAGUGGUACAUCGCAUCUUCAGGUUUACCUGAUCUUUUUGACAAUGUAAAAAUCCAAAGCACCCUUCAAAAAAUAUAUGAUUUCAAUGUCAUGAAAGUUCAAAGUGGGAGGAUGGGUGCAGUGAAUGGAAUGCACCCUAAUGGGAAGGUGGAUGAGACUUGCAUGCAAUCCCGUGAAAUUUGGGCUGGGGUCACCUAUAGUGUUGCUGCCACCAUGAUUCUUGCUGGGAUGGAGGAGCAGGCGUUUGCAACUGCUGAAGGGAUAUUUAUUGCAGGCUGGUCUGAAGAGGGCUUUGGAUACUCGUUUCAAACUCCAGAAGCAUGGACUAUGGAUGGCCACUUUCGGUCUUUGGCGUAUAUGAGGCCGCUUUCUAUUUGGGGAAUGCAGUGGGCUCUAUCAAUGCCCCAAGCUGCUAUGGAAGCACCUAGGAUCAAUGUAAUGGACAGAAUACAGACACCGCCUCACAGUCCAAAACCUUCUCAUGAUUCUGGUGUUAGAAAAAGAGCAACCAAAGCAAAGUGCUUCGGGAAAUCUGUGUUCCAUUGUGCUUGCUGAAUGUUGAGUCUUGGAUUUUAGGUUAAAAUCCAUGUACCGCUUGGGUGUCCUAAUUUGCAGUGAACUCCACUUCUUUCCCAAGUCAUUUCGAAGUUAAGUUCCCCCCUCCCCCCGCCCCCCUUUUUUCCUAAAAAAUUGUACUAAGUUAAUAUAAACAACUCUAUGAAUUAAUAAUGAAUAAUUCUAAGUUAU